AUGGAACUCUGGGUGAAGAAGAAACAAGAAGCAGGGAACCAGUUCCACCGUUUACCGGACGACGUUGUACUCCACAUCUUCAACAAGCUCUCCGACGUCACAUGGCUGUGCAGAUGCUUCGUGGUCUCCAAGCGAUUCUCCUCCCUCGUCUCUCACGUCCAAACUCUCUCCUUCCGAUCCGAUAUCUGGAAUUCUGUUUUGAAUUCCUGCUCUGUUUCCCGCAAAUUUGAGGAAAGGAAUUCCAAACGGAAAUUCUCAGGAAUCUCCCUCAAACCCCUUGGAUGCCUCAAGAAUCUCCCUCCCUCUCCUCCUUCGCGACUGAAUUUCCCCAACUUUGUGUUCCACUUGAAACAGAUUCAGUCUCUUAAUAUCGAACUUCCCUUCGAUGAAUUCAUCGGUAACAAUGAUUCUGUUCUCGAAUAUUGGGGUGCCAAAUUCACCACAAAACUCAACAGAUUCAUGGUUCUCUAUGCAACAUCUCUCUCUAAGAUGGUGGAAUCUGAAGAAGAAGAAGAAGAAGAAGAAGAAGACAAUGAAGCGUAA